AUGUGUGAAUUAGAUUUAAUGUCAAAGUACAAAAAUAAUGCAGAAUUUUCUAUAGGGGUAAAAAUGGUCUUAGCAUUGGCAUUUGUUAAAAUUAAUGAUUUAGACACAGCAAUAGAGGCACUAACCGAACACAUACCUCCAGAGGUGUUACCUCUUUUAGAUUGGUUUGAAGAAUUCUAUGUUGGUAGAACAAUAAGAAAUCGGCGACGCCCUGCUCGAUUUCCACCUGUAUUGUGGAACGUUCAUGAACGGGUAUUAAAUAAAGAAGACAGGACAAAUAACCACGCUGAAGCAGCCAAUAGACGACUGAAUUUACAAAUGGGUGUACAACAUCCAACAUUGUGGACAUUUAUUACAAACUUAAGAAAAGUUCAGUCAGGACGUGAUACAUUUUAUCAACAUUUAGAAGCUGGAAAUAGUCCCCCGAAAAAGAAAAAAAAAUUUAUAGAUGUCGACAAAAGAAUUUUUAAAAUUGUAGAAGAUUACAACAAUCGCAACAUGCUUAGUUUUUUAAGGGGAAUAGCUCAAAAUAUAAGUUGUUACUAA